AUGUUGAAGCUGAACCAAGAUAUCUUGCGCCUUGUCGUGUCUUACCUAUCGAUGGAGGAUGCGCGUUCUCUCUCGGCCACUUCGCGCUAUCUGCAUCCAGAGGCAAGGGCUCGAGCACUUGCGAAGGUCAGAAUCAAAACCCCUAAAACUUUCGAUGCGGCCUGCAAAUUCUACCUCGCGGAACACUCGGAUCGAAUCCAUCAUUUACGCACGCUUGAUGUGCAGCUGGACGACUCAUACAUCACGCGCCACGCAUCCAGAAAACUCGCAGAUCUCCUAGAUCAUGCUUGCAACCUGCGCACUUUUAUGCUUGACUGCGCGGAGCAGUGGAUACUGGCGCAGCCGCGCAUUGAAGCUGUUCUCCAGAGGCUUCAGGCAAUUCAUGCAAUGGGUCUCUUGUUGGCCGGAUGGCGUGCUCUGCGAACAAUCCGGGGUAUGCAGGGCAAGCUCCGGAACAUAGAACUCAUGUCCUUGGUCUUCCCGCUGACCACGGAGGAGAACGAACCACAUGCAAGUUCCGCAGCUAUGCUUGAAGCCCUCGCACCACACGCAUCAGCACGCAGUAUCGCGCUCGUCGUUCAGGAUCAGGCUACCUCUCCACCAGAUGUGCAGUUGCAACAGGUACUCGAGCUCAGGCUCGGAAACGCUUCUGCAGCUGCGCCUUCUCUUGAUGUGCUAGCACACGUGUUUCCUGCGCUACGCAUAUUGUUUUUGGAUGGCCCGAGCAUGACGAUCGACAAACCUGCAGACAAUAUUGAAUGCUGGGAGUGUCUCGACUACGUGAGUGGAACCUUCCCCGCACUACGUGCGUGGGCUCCCAAGUGCCGCGUUCACCACUUGGAGAUAAGAGACGCAGAGUGGGAGGGCAGGAUCCUGGCCAAAAACGAGCGAGUAUCGGAUGUUUCUCGUGUCAUAAAUGGCACCUCGCCCGUCGCGUUGACUAUCUACAGGUUCAUGGCAGCGAUGUACUUUGGAUUGACCUACGCGGACUGGGUGGGCUUCCUGUACAAUAUGCCACGGCUACGGGUGCUUGCUGUGGACCUAUCCACCGGUCCCUCGUGGUCUAAGACGUGGAUCGCAUGCACAACUGGAGCACUGAUAGGCUUCAAAGUAAUCUGCAUUAUGCUCAGCGUGGAUGAGCGCGUCAAAAUGCCUCCGGCUAUCCUAGCUUCAAUUCCAUCACUGAAGUUUGUCGCGCUGAAUUUCGGAGGUGGUCCGCUGCCAACGUUCAGCGCACACUCAGGAGGAUUCAAUCCAUAUCCUGCGCUGAGCUGGUGGAGAGUGGUCUGUGAUCACGGUGAACGUCAGCUGCAGGCUAUGUCCGCAGAUCUCGGAUCCCGGAUUGCAGCGUAUCUAUAUUCUCCCAAUUAUAACCAUGAGGCGCCCAUCGAUGAGUCGAUGUUCUUGCCAAAGAUGCUGGAGGAGUACAAGCCUGGCCGAGUUACAGUCGCGCAGGCAUUGUGA